AUGCUUGCCAAGUUCUUCGUCCUCCUCGCCGGCGCGGUGGCGGCCUUGGCUGCUCCUGCUGCCGAGCCUGCGCACCCUCAUCUCCAGCGUAGCUCUUAUGUGACGGAAGAGGGUAUCAAGCACACCGUCGUCAAGGACAGGAUGACUAACGUCACCCUCAACUACGUCAGCAACAGUGGUGUCUGUGAGACCACUCCCGGCGUGAACCAGUACAGCGGCUACUUAGACGUCGGCAACGGACUUCACAUGUUUUUCUGGUUCUUCGAAGCUCGCCACAACCCGACCACCGCACCUGUCGCCACUUGGUUCAAUGGAGGACCUGGUUGCUCGUCCAUGAUCGGUCUUUUCCAGGAGAACGGUCCCUGCCAAUUCUACAACGGUGCCUCGACUCCCUCUUCCAACCCAUACUCCUGGAACGAAUAUGCCAACAUGAUCUACAUUGACCAACCUGUCGGAACUGGUUUCUCCUACGGAGAUAACGGCACUCCAAAUGUCGCUGGCACUGUCGCUGCUGCGCCAUAUGUCUGGCUCUUUCUUCAAGCUUUCUACAAGCAAUUUCCGCAGUAUUCGAGCCGAGACUUCGGUAUCUUCACCGAAUCCUACGGUGGUCACUACGGUCCGGAAUUCGCCAGCUACAUUCAAAGCCAGAACUCCAAAAUCGCCAGCGGAAGCGUCUCUGGCCAGAAGAUCAAUCUUGUUGCCCUCGGUGUCAACAACGGUUGGUACGACCCGACCAUCCAAUACCAGGCAUUCAUCGACUACGCUUAUGGCAACCCAUACAACCAACUUAUCUCCGCCUCUGAGGUCACCACAUACAACAACCGCAUGACCAAGAACUGCGCUCCUGCCCUCAAGCAAUGCAGCUCCCUCACCAGCAGCUCUCAGACCAACGCCUGCGAGAACGCCGAGAGUGUCUGCCUACGCAACAUCGAGGAAGCCAUCAUCCAAGAAUCCGACUUCGACGUCUACGACGUCCGUGAGCCGUCCAACGACCCAUAUCCUCCCACCGCCUACCAACCCUGGCUCAACAGCGCGACCAUUCGCGCCAAAAUCGGCGCCAAGGUCGCCUACACGGAAUGCUCCAACCCGGUCCAGAGCAACUUCGAGAACUUCGGCGACGACAGCCGCUCCACCCUCACCACCAUGCUAGGCGACAUCAACUCCGGAAUUCAAGUCCUGAUGUGGGCCGGUGACGCGGAUUAUAUCUGCAACUACCUUGGAAACUACCGUGUCGCGCAGCAGAUCGCACCCUCGGGCUUCAAUGACAAGUCGCUUCAGAGCUACACUGUUAAUGGCCAGGCGGGUGGUCUAUACAAGACUCAGGGUCAUUUCUCGUGGUUGCAGGUCUACGGUGCGGGUCAUGAGGUUCCGUAUUAUGCACCUGCUGUCGCGCUCCAGGCGUUUAAACAGACGAUGCAGAAGGGGGUUUUGGCGAGUACGUAG